CGCCGUUUAGGACCAUUUACGGAGAAGUCACCCUCGAGAUAUCUCCCCCAUUUCCCGAUUUAAUUCGAGGAAGUGCGGUUCCAUAAUAAAGAGGAUAACGGGGUAAUUAAUCGGCAACAGUUCAGACAUCCGUAUUUAUAUGACAGACGGUUUGGGCAUUUAGGUUGUGCCCGACCAAUCUUGUUUAGACUAUGUUUUUAGAUGAGUGAGGUGCCUUUGACAGUCACGCGGACGCGGCGUAGGUUCUUAUCUGUAGGUGUAACCCUAACUUUAACCUUAAUGUUAAUUCCUCCCGUGGAGUGGUAUGUGAGGGGGGAUGGAGUCGGGUCGGUGAGGAGAUGGGUCAUGGAUGGGCGAAGCGAUGAGGAUAGGGCGGUGGAUGUGGAUGCGGAUGUGGAGGUGGAGGUGGAUGUGGAUGGGGAUGCGGGUGGAUGCGGGUGUGGAGGUAAGGGGAGGCAGGCGGUGUGGAUUGACUGACUACUGAGACGAGAGAUUGUUGGUGGCUGGUGGGGAUGUUGGUGGUUAUGCAGGUGGGGGAGGGGGGA